UAUAUGAUUUAAAAUGCUUUUAUUAUCGUGGCAUUUCGGUAUGUGUAUGUACAGUUGAAGUUGGAAGUUUACAUACACUUAUGUUGGAGUCAUUAAAACUCGUUUUUCAACCACUCCACAACUUUCUUGUUAAACUAUAGUUUUGGCAAGUCGGUUAGUACAUCUACAUUGUGCAUGGCACAAUCAUUUUUCCAACAAUUGUUUACAGACAGAUUAUUUCACUUAUAAUUCACUCUAUCACAAUUCCAGUGGGUCAGACGUUUACAUACACUAAGUUGUGCCUUUAAACAGACUGUGCCUUUAAACAGCUUGGUAAAUUCCAGAAAAUGAUGUCAUGGCUUUAGAAGCUUCUGAGAGGCUAAUUGAGAUAAUUUGAGUCAAUUGGGGGUGUACCUGUGGAUGUAUUUCAAGAUCUACCUUCAAAUUCAGUGCCUUUUACUUGACAUCAUGGGAAAAUCAAAAGAAAUCAGCCAAGACCUCAGAAAAAAAUUGCACACCUUCACAAGUCUGGUUCAUCCUUGGGAGCAAUUUCCAAAUGCCUGAAGGUACCAUGUUCAUCGGUACAAACAAUAGUCCCCUGGUCUGAUGGAACAAAAAUAGAACUGUUUGGCCAUAAUGACCAUCGUUAUGGUUGGAGGAAAAAGGGGGAGUCUUGCAAGCUGAAGAAUACCAUCCCAACUGUGAAGCACAGGGGUGCUUUGCAGCAGGAGGGACUGCAGGCGGCACAUCACAAAAUGGAUGGCAUCAAGGAAGGAAAAUUAUGUGAUUAUAUUGAAGCAACACCUCAAGACAUCAGUCAGAAAGUUAAAGCUUGGUUGCAAAUGGGUCUUCCAAAUGAACAAUGACUCCCAAGCAAAGUUGUGGCAAAAUGGCUUAAGGACAAUAAAGUCAAGGUAUUGGAGUUACCAUAACAAAGCACUGACCUCAAUUCUAUAGAACAUUUGUGGGCAGAACUGAAAAAGCGUGUGCCUGACUGAGUUACACCAGCUCUGUCAGGUGGAAUGGGCCAAAAGUCACCCAAUUUAUUGUGGGAAGCUUGUGGAAGGCUACCCAAAACGUUUGACCCAAGUUAAACCAUUUUUAAAGGCAAUGCUACCAAAUACACUCAAUUAGUAUGUAAACUUCUGACCCAGUGGGAAUUUGAUGAAAGAAAUAUAUCAAAUAAAUAAAUCGCUCUCUACUAUUAUUCUGGCAUUUCACAUUCUUAAAAUAAAGUGGUGACCUAAAACGGAAUGUGUGGUGACCUAACUGACCUAAACAGGGAUUUUUUACUAGGAUUAAAUGUCAGGAAUUGUGAAACUGAGUUUAAAUGUAUUUGGCUAAGGUGUAUGUAAACUUCCGACUUCAACUGUAUGUGUGUAUAUAAACGCAGCAAAAAAAGAAACGUCCCAUUUUCAGGACCCUGUUUCAAAGAUAAUUCGUAAAAAUCCAAUAACUUCACAGAUCUUAAUUGUAAAGGGUUUAAACACUGUUUCCCAUGCUUGUUCAAAGAACCAUAAACAAUUCAUGAACAUGCACCUGUGGAACGGUCGUUAAGACACUAAUGGCUUACAGAAGGUAGGCAAUUCAAGUCACAGUUAUGAAAAAUUAGGACACUAAAGAGGCCUUUCUACUGACUCUGGAAAAACACCAAAAGAUACCCAGGGUCCCUGCUCAUCUGUCUGAAUGUGCCUUAGGCAUGCUGCAAGGAGGCAUGAGGACUGCAGAUGUGGCCAGGGCAAUAAAUUGCAACGGCUGUACUGUGAAACGCCUGAGACAAGACGGACAGCUGAGCUUCCUCGCAGUGGCAGACCAUGUGUAACAACACCUGCACAGGAUCGGUACAUCCAAACAUCACACCUGUGGGACAGGUACAGGAUGGCAACAACUGCCUGAGUUACACCAGGAACGCACAAUCCCUCCAUCAGUGCUCAGACUGUCCGGAAUAGGUUGAGAGAGGCUGGACUGAGGGCUUGUAGGUCUGUUAAAACCUGUUAAGACUCUAGGGGCAGUAUUUCAUUUUUGGAUAAAAAGACGUGCCCGUUUUAAGCGCAAUAUUUUGUCACGAAAAGAUGCUCGAAUAUGCUUGGAAUUGAUAGUUUUGGAAAGAAGACAGUCUUUCGUUUCCAGAAAUGCAAAGAUUUUCACUGUGAGUCCCUUAGAACAAAUGCUUCGGGCAAAACCAAGAUGUAUGACCGACCAGGAAAUGCACAGGAUUUCUGAGGCUACGUUUUCCAUGAUCGCCUUAUAUGGCUGUGAAUGCGACAGGAAUGAACGGACUCUUUCUCUUGUUUCCCCAAGGUCUUUGCAGCAUUGUGACGUAUUUGUAGGGAUAUCAUUGGAAGAUUGACCAUAAGGGACUACAUUUACCAGGUGUCCCGCUUGGUGUCUGCGUGGCAAUCGGUGCGCAAAAGUCAGGUCCCGGUAUUUUUCCAUUCAAAUCUCAGAACAAACCAGGCUACAAGGACGGUGCUUUCAAUGGAGAGAAAUAUGACAAACCACCUUCAGGAUUGAUUCAAACAACGUUUUCCAUGUUUCAGUCGAUAUUAUGGAGUUAAUUCGGAAAAAAGUUCGACAUGUAGGUGACUGAAUUUUCGGUUAGUUUCGGUAGCCAAAUGCAUAGUAACGGAACGAUGUGUCCUACACAAGAAUCUUUCAGGAAAAACUGGACAUCUGCUAUGUAACUGAGAGUCUCCUCAUUGAAACAUCUGAAGUUCUUCAAAGGUAAAUUAUUUUAUUUGAUUCCUUGGCUGGUUUUUGUGAAUAUGUUGCGUGCUAAACGCUAAUGCUAAGCUAGCUAUCACCACUCUUACACAAAUUAGUGAUUUUCUCUGGUUCUAAAGCAUAUUUUGAAAAUCUGAGACGACAGGAUUGUUAAGAAAAGGAUAAGCUUGAGAACAGGCAUAUUUAUUUCAUUUCAUUUGCGAUUUUUAGAAAUCGCUAACGUUGCGUUAUGCUAAUGAGCUUGAGGCUGUAGUUACGCUACCGCAUACGGGUUUGGUCGGACUAUGAGGUUAAGGCAUGUCCUCACCAGACAUCACCGGCACAAACCAACCGUCGCUGGAUCAGACCGGACUGGCAAAAAGUGUUCUUCACUAACGAGUGAAUUGUCAGAUUAACGUUUAUCAUCGAAGGAAUGAGCGUUACACCGAGGCCUGUACUCUGGAGCUGGAUCGAGGUGGAGUGUCCGUCAUCGUCUGUGGCGGUGUGUCACAGCAUCAUCGGACUGAGCUUGUUGUCAUUGCAGGCCAUCUCAACACUGUGCGUUACAGGGAGGACGACAUCCUCCCUUGUGGUAUCCUUCCUGCAGGCCCCCCCCCCCCCCCCCCCCCCAGAAAUGUCUGGGAACUUGCAGGUACCUUGGUAGAAGAGUGGGGUAACAUCUCACAGCAAAAACUGGCAAAUCUGGUGCAGUCCAUGAGGAGGAGAUGCACUGCAGUACUUAAUGCAGCUGGUGGCCACACCAGAUACUGACUGUUACUUUUGAUUUUUACUCCCCCUUUGUUCAGGGACACAUUAUUCCAUUUCUGUUGGUCACAUGUCUGUGGAACUUGUUCAGUUUGUCUCAGUAGUUGAAUUUUGUUAUGUUCAUACAAAUAUUUACAUGUUAAGUUUUCUGAAAAUACCACUGUUGACAGUGAGAGGACUUUUCUUUUUUUUGCUGUGUGUGUUUGUCUCAAACAUGACAAACAAAUGCCAACCGGUAACCUCUGACCCUCCAGCUGUCACCAUGGGGAAAGCCCUCUCCCUCCUGCCCAAGCAGACAUGCCAUGAAGACUCCCAGGACAGCCUGACCACCACCCAGGAGGACGAUGGGAAGAGAGAGGAUGUGUCCCAGUUCCCCUACGUAGAGUUCACAGGCCGCGACAGCGUCACAUGUCCCAGCUGCCAGGGCACUGGGAGGAUACCUAGAGGCCAAGAGAACCAGCUUGUAGCAUUGAUCCCAUACAGUGACCAGAGACUCAGGCCCAGGAGAACAAAGCUGUAUGUGAUGUCCUCGGUGGUUGUGUGUCUGCUGCUGUCCGGCCUGGCUGUCUUCUUCCUGUUCCCUCGUACCAUAGACGUCUCCUACGUGGGCGUCAAGUCGAUCUUCGUCACCUAUGACGAGGACAAGAGGAUUGUCUAUCUCAAUGUGACGAACACUCUGAACAUCACCAAUAACAACUACUACAGUGUAGAGGUGUCCAACGUCACAGCCCAGGUCCAGUUCUCCAAGACAGUGAUUGGGAAGUCCCGCAUCAAUAACAUCACUGCUAUCAGUCCUCUGGGCAUGGAGCAGGUUGACUACAUGGUUCCCACCAUUCUAGCAGAUGAUAUGAGCUACAUGUAUGAUUACUGUAGCCUGCAGACCAUAAAGGUGCACAACAUCGUUGUCAUGAUGCAGGUGACGGUGACGACGAUGUACUUUGGCCACAUGGAGCAGGUCACGCAGGAGAUGUACCAGUAUGUAGACUGUGGAGGUAACACCACCACUCUGAGGGGGGCGCAGCCCAAGGUGUCUAAUGCCCCAAUACCCCCAGAGUAACCCCCUUGCCCUACCUGACCUGGAGAAGUUCCUUGGAAGCUAGUCUAACAUCAGCGAUCUUGCAGAACUACUGGUUGUUUAGGCUUGUGCUCCAACCCUUCUCUAACACAGCUGGUCAAUUGAAGGUGGUAUGUUCGAGCAGGGAUACGUGUUUGCACCCAGGAGUUCUCCAGGAGGAGAGUUGGCCACCCCAGCCAUAGAUGGAUCACUGUGUUUCUCCUCUACCGAUGAAGACCCCACUGUAGAUGUCAUGUAAUUCUGUGUUCGCUCACCAUUGUGUUGGGAGUAUAUGCCAGGUGUGCGGUGGGGGGGAAUGUGUCUACUGACAAAAAUAUUUGUUUUUAAUGUCUAAACACUAAGUACCAUACUAUUUCAGUACCAAACCAUUAUGCACUUUAUUAAUGCAUUUAACAUUCAACUUCUCAUUGUGUUCAUGGAAAAUGUUACAAAGCCACUCCACACUCCUCCAAACCACUUGAACUGUAGAUGUCUGAACUAAUAAUCCCCAAUCUAUGGAUGAGGAUGACCUCAGACUUCUGUCAGUAAGCUGGUCUCAAAUCUGUAUCUCUAUGAUAGUCGAAGGAGUUGAACCAACAGAUCUGAGACCAGUCGACUAUUCUCAAAGCCGGACCUCACGUAACACAUUAAUAAUGUGUAUUAUUAUGACAGGUGAAUCUAGUGUAUUAUUUAAUUCUGCUGAAAAGUCAGAGGCACAGUGAGCCAAGUCUGAAAUGACACCUAUGACUAUAGAACACACUACUAGGCCUCUAGCCAAAGGUAGUGCGCGAUAUAAGUUUCUCAAACUAAACUCUGGACCUCGAAGCCAGUUCCACUGCGCUUUGCUCAUGGUUCCCUUCUAAUCUGGAACUGAUUUUAGACCUGGAACACCAGGUGUGUGCAAUUUAAUUAUCAGGUAGAACAGAAAAGUAGCAGGCUCCGGACCUCGUAGAGAGAGUUGAAUACCCCUGGUAUAGGGGAUAGGGUGCUGUUUGGGUUGAUGUCAGAAUGUGGCAUUUCUCAUAUGUAUAAUAUUGUAAUGACCGGGCUCUCCUCUAGAGGGCUCUCUGUACAAUCUUGAUUUGGACCAGUUGUUUACUAAUAUUACCCUCUGUUGGGUGAUCCAACUGUGUUAAUGUGUGAUCCAUUGAUUGAAUUAAAAGGCUUAUGUCCCUAAAAUGGAGUCAUUUAAAGAAAUUAAGAUGUUAAAAGUUCCUUCUACCACUCUGUUCCCAAUUACAAUAACAAGAUUGAUUGAUAGUGAUUCAUUAUCAGUAAUUGACCUCUUCCUUCUGAGUUCGUGCCUACGAGGGACUCUCAUAAUGUUUUGUGAUACCAACCUACUGCUGACUUGAAUUUGACCAACUUAGUUUUUACACGCAUGAAGAGUAUAACCUGCAAGGGACUUUGUACAUUUUGAUAAAUGACUUUCCUGUAUAUCAAACUCAGUUGGAGAGUUUAGAACUACCUAGAUUUAAUACCACGUUUGUAAUAUGAUUCCUACCCACAUUGCGGAAAACCUUUUUGAAAUGUACAACUCAAAUAGAAACGACCCUCUGUCAUAGAAAUAUACCUUGAAUUUCUUUAUGAAUUAUCAUACUUAGUAGUUUGCCGUUAUCUAAUUUGCAGUUUCCUGGGUUAACGUAGAGCACAACAUUUAACAUGUGUACAGUCGUUUGUUCCUAAUCAAUUAAUCUUGUAUGGAAGAGUGGAUCAGCUUUUGAAUGAAUGGUAAGAUUGAGUGAAGACUUGCAGUACUACUGACACAUCAACUAGAAAAGUGGUUUAUCUGAUUUAGUUGUUCUUUCCUAAUGUCUACUUCUGCUGUGGGGUACUGACAUUUAUUUAGAUUAAAUGUAAAUACAAGCAUUUUUUUUAAUGUAGUUGAUGUUUUUAUUAUUUGCUUUUCAUCAUGAUACAUUCAAAAUGGGUGAUCACGAUUUGUCCUACCUAGUUUAAUUGCGUGGUUACCCUUUCUGAAAGCGUGAAUAAAGUUUUCGACAUCUCA